CUGGGGUUGUGCUGUGUAGCUAGCCUGCUAGAUGUUUACUUCAGGUUCUGUUCCAGCAAGUUAGCUACCACGCUGAUGAGUUAGGCAUGCGCAUAGGGCUUUAAAGUUCUUUGCUUGUUUGUUAUGAUCUCACAUGUUAGAUGUUUUCGCUGAUUCAGAUAGGGACGUGACUAAGAAAUAAGAAGUUGCGUCAAGCUGUUUUAACCCCCAGAUGAAAAUUGUUCAGGCGAUGGUCUGGAUGAAAUGGUAGAUGACAUAAAGCAUGUUGCAACAUAACUUGUAAGUUUCUUAGGAAACCUUUUCGGAGGGAGGAAGUGCCGAUGUCAUAGUUGUGUUACAGUGAAACGCUGGACUCUCUCGAUGUUUUGCAGAACGUAAAAUCCCCAAAUAAUCGUGACCAGGGUUCAACAAUAUAGUAGGAAGCAAACGAGGCAGAGUUUAGUCCUCUGAGUGAUAGGUUUUCCUACCGAUGCACUCUCUAGCUUGCUGAGCAAGAUUCGCAGUGGGACGGAGCAAUGGAGGAUUCCUGGGAUGUAGCUUUCACCUUUCUCAAGCUGUGGUUCUCUGCAGUCGUGGGACUGAUAAUGUUGCCAGCCAUGUUUGGGGUCUCCCUGGGAAUUACGGAGGUCUACAUGAAGAUUCUGGUCAAGAUUCUGGAGUGGGCCACCCUGCGGAUUCAGAGAGGGAAGAGCCAGCAGCAGCAGCUCAAGGCCUCCUUGUCCAACGGGAUCAUCCAGAGGGACGAUGGGUCCAUGGAGCAGGAGAUCGGAGAGCUCCGGCGGAGCCGGCCCAAGCCCCAGGUGGGCGGGGACUUCACCUUGAGCGACGUCUUCUACUUCAACCGGAAGGGCAUUGAGAGCAUUGUGGAGGAUGAGGUGACCCAGCGCUUCACAUCCGAGGAGCUGGCCUCAUGGAACCUGCUGACACGCACCAAUAACAACUUCCACUACAUCAGCCUGCGUCUCACCAUCCUGUGGGGGCUGGGAGUAGUCAUUCGCUAUUGCGUCCUAGCACCCCUCAGAAUCAUUCUCGCAGCUAUCGGGUUGAGCUGGCUGGUGAUUGGAACGUCAGCAGUCGGGCUGCUUCCCAGUAGCAAGGUGAAGAACUGGCUCAGUGAGCUAGUCCAUCUCAUGUGCUACAGGAUCUGCGCUAGAGGCCUCUCUGCCACCAUCCACUACCACAAUAAAGAAAACAGACCUAAAAAAGGAGGAAUAUGUGUAGCCAAUCACACAUCACCAAUUGACGUUGUCAUUCUGGCCAAUGAUGGAUGCUAUGCCAUGGUGGGUCAGGUCCAUGGAGGCCUGAUGGGAGUCAUCCAGAGGUCGAUGGUGAGAUCUUGCCCUCAUGUCUGGUUUGAGAGAUCUGAGAUGAAAGAUCGCCACCUUGUGACCCAGAGGUUAAGGGAUCAUGUAGCAGAUAAGACCAAGCUCCCCAUAUUAAUAUUCCCUGAGGGAACCUGCAUCAAUAACACGUCAGUCAUGAUGUUUAAGAAGGGCAGCUUUGAAAUCGGAGGUACAAUAUACCCUGUGGCCAUCAAGUAUGACCCUCAGUUUGGGGACGCCUUCUGGAACAGUGCCAAGUACAACAUGGUGAGCUACCUGCUGAGAAUGAUGACCAGCUGGGCCAUCGUUUGCAACGUGUGGUACCUCCCGCCCAUGACGCAAGAGGAAGGGGAAGAUGCUGUGCAGUUUGCCAACAGGGUGAAAUCUGCCAUUGCCCACCAGGGAGGGCUGGUUGACUUGUCCUGGGAUGGGGGCUUGAAGAGGGCGAAGGUGAAGGAGACCUACAAAGAGCUACAGCAGAAGAAGUACAGCAGCAUGGUGGUGGGCGAGGACAGCAGUGACUGACCCAGGAGCACAGCCGCAAAACUGACCGCAAAAGCACAAAGAGCGUGCGUGGGCACAGGAGGCCAGGCACGUGCCCAAAUGAGCCCCUCUUCUCAAACGCAAAGAGGCCUCUAGAGAUGAACUGUGCUUCCACAGCCUGGACGCCUCAAUCAUCAGCCAUAUUUUAUUCAUUUCGAUUGUUCAUUUGUUUUGUGUAGGAACUAAGCAACAAAUUCAGUUGUCUCACUCUGUGAAUUUUAGUUAUUGGCCAACAUGUUUAGGCAAGUCUUAUAAACACAUAGGUUGACGGGUCGCAAAAAAAAUUAGAAUGUAAAUGAGAAAUGCUCCCUUAUUAGCUAGUGGUUAGGGAUAUCUCAUACCCGUGCUUACAUUGUGUAACUAGAAAAGUUGUAACAGGAAAAUGUUUCCUUGUUUUUCAUAUGUAUUCAUUGGGUUGUUCUCAUAAAGUUGAGUGUUCUUGAUUGUUGAAUUAUUUCACAGAUGUUUGGAAAUAAAUCAGCAUAAAGCAACAGGUGAGUCUGCUUUAUGUCUGAACCUGGUUUAUUUGGCUUUGGUUGCUUGCCAUUCAUGAAGGUGUCUGUUUAUGUUACAACCUGAUUAAUAUCCCCAAUCAUAUCUUUGAACAAGUGGCGCAGAUGUUAAUAUGGUAUGUAAUGACCAAUAUGUUUUGUUUUGUAGCAUAUUUGUGUGGCACAUAUGGAAAAAGUCCCCACAGAGCACCAUAGGCUAUGAAACCUGAACAUCCCAGCAUAUCUUGUGCAUUAAUGGGAAAUUUCUCAUGGCAUACAGUUGAUCUUACCUCCUAAA